AUGUCGGCGGCAGGCGCGCUCAACUGGCUCUUGAAGAAGUAUAUACAUCUGCCUGGUGAGCUAGAAAGAAAAGAAAAAAAAAUACAAGUUGUGGCACAUUGCCCCAUAUCAGAGGCAGCUGUUGGCCUGGGUGCAACAGCAACGUCCGCCGAGCUGGCGACGCAGUUGUUCACGGGCAUGGCGGUGGAUAGCGGUAAAGAACCUUCUGCCGCAAAAAGUCGGAGUUUUUUAAGGCUUCCGCUAGUCCAUUUCUCUCGGGAUUCCUCAAAGUCAAACGUAUGCGCCCUAAUACAAGGGGAAUACUGACGCAUACGCUUGAGGGAUCUCCCCUGGGAUGAAUUAGGGCGAGCUCUAACCUCUGGCUGCACUGCAAGCGUUCGCGACGAGCUCCAAAUACGCCGCAACAAGUUGACUCCUAUCAUUCAACUGACCGGUACUGAUGUGAUGCCGUCUUAUAGAGAAGGACGAGGACCAUCAGGACACUUCGUCCACGGUCAUAGGCCUUUCUUGUCUUGGAGAUCGCCUACAGUCGUCGCCGUUGCUUCCCAUAGUGCGCAUCAAAACAGCUUAUGGCUUCUGGAUAUACAUACCGCCCACGUGGCCCCGGCGUGUACACACGCCGGGGCAGGGCGGAAGGGUCUGGCAAAUGCUACGAGUUACAUAAAACCCACACGGCCUACCGGCGUGCUACGAAUUGCGUAAAGAGUGGCGGGCUAUGGAAUAAGCAAAGCAGCUACGUGCUACAAGCUACUACGUGCUACAUAAACGCCCACCCUGGCAGCACCCGAAACGCCCAAAAGCAACUACUUCAAACGAAUGAGGCAAACGGGCAACCAAAUACAUUCGCCGAGAGUCAAAUACUUAGGCAGAUCACUCCGGGCUUGCUGUUUUCGGUCUUCAGCAUAGUGGCUUGGCGGAGCACUCCGCUCGACUCCGCUCGCCGUGAGAUCCUCGCGCGCUCCCUGGCCUGGGUUUUGGGCGUGGAUCCCCUACUCUUGGAGUGUGUUGCUUCUCCGGCGUGGCAGUGUCGCGAGGGGGGCCCCAGGCUUGUUGUUUUCGGUGCUCACCGUGGGGACGUCUACGGUGGGCCCUUUCCGUGGAGAGAACUAGGGGAGUGGCUUCGUUCUACGCUCGGCCCGCUUGCGGGGUUUUACUCAUUGCGCCGCUUUGGGUUUUCCAUCCAAUAAACCACGCAGCUUUAUGGCGUCGCGUUGCUGCCUACUUUUCAGCUGCUUCGCGUAUGCUAUCUGUGAGCCAUUUACUUUCUCAGGCUUAAGAUAGGCCGCGCCUGGUGUUAUCUCUUAGCCUUCCUACCUGCUUCCGGCUUUCUCGAAAGGUGUGGGCAUGCGUCAUCUCAGGGCUUUGAUCUAUAAACAAGAACAACUUUACGCGAGUGCUGUGCGGCUUUCACGUGCUUGAGCGAUGCAACCCGUGAGCCGCUUGCGCUUUCUUAUAAUAUCAGAAAGCAAGCCCAAGCCGGUGGGCUUGCUGUUUGCUUAUGGCCUACUCGAGCGGCUUUGCCUUUUGCGCUCAUUCUUUUCUUAUCGAAAAAGCGCCGCGCGAUGAAGUUGCUGGGUACUUGUGAGCUGCUUAAGAGGUCCCAUCCUUUGGCUCAGUUCAGGACCCUCAUCCAAACCAAACGGCGCAACGCUAUCUAUGAAGCUGCUGGCCCUUUUGACUUGCUGGAAAGGUCUCACCCUCUGACCCAGCGCAGGCACCUUAUCCAAAAGGGUAGCACGUCGGAGCUUGUGGCACGUAGCUGCUUUGCUUAUUCCAUAGCCCGCCACUCUUUCUGUGAUGCGUAGCACGCCGGUGGGCCGUAUGGAUUUUAUGUAACUCGUAGCAUUUGUAAGACCCUUCCGCCCUGCCCCGGCGUGUGUACACGCCGGGGGCACGUGGGCGGUAAUAUAAUCAAUCCAAAAGUUAUUUAAUCAGCACCGUUAUACAACCAAGCUCCCCAGACACAGGCGAAUGAUGAUCCGCUUGUCUUCUUUUCUCAACUUGGUUAGGCUGUUUUCUCUUCACAUACAAGUACAACAACUCUAAUCUUGCAAGUUGCUGGGAAAGAGUACUGGCUUUACCACAGAUAUACCCAGGCCAGCAGCAGUGAUGGUCUGUUCCCCGAGGAAGGGUAUUAUGAGUGGUCGCAUGGCAUCCUCAACCUCAUUCUCCAUUUACAACUUUUUACUUCCGAAACAAAUCAAAUCGAGUUCGAAUGUGAAAAAUGCUAGGUCAUCAAUACUAAAGAUAGCUGGAUAUGAUCAUUUCUAAUUAACUUGGCGCGACUUUGUGGCGGACUUGGGACUGGACGAUGAGACACCAACGACGUCGGGCCUAUCGCUCUCGGCAGCAGUCGUGCAGAGUGUUGGGGACAAGGUCGCAUCCUGGAACCACAAAUUCGAAUCCUUACCAUCACCAUCUGGUCCCGGUGAUGUGGGAAUCUUUUUCGAUUCGAGUCAAUGCGGGCCAACUUAUUUCAUUGUCGCGAAUGGAAAUGAGGAGGAGCUCGUUACGUGGAAGAAGAUUCGCAAACUGCGCAAGAUUUUCGGCAGAACAUCAAGAUCAACAUCAAGUGUAACCGCAGACCAAAUCCAAAAAACAGACGAAAAGUGGUUUCAGGAUACAAUGGAGCAGCUCAUCGAGGCCGAGAUGGAGCCGCAAGAAGUGACCGACAGUACGCCAGCAGAAAAGAACAAGAAGAUCCACAUCAAACUACCUCGAGUCUUCUUCACACCAACAGCUCUUGAUCGCUAUAGCAAAAUCCUGAAGAACAAGAGGAAGAAAAAGUCCAAACAUUUUGAGGACCUGGAAAAGAGAGACCGCGAGGUAUUCAAAGAAUCUGCAGGUUCAACAGAUAGUAGCCAUCUCUUCAACUCGCAAGAAGUCCUCAUCGUCAUCGAACACAUCAGCGCAAAAAUGAAUGAACAAGAAGGCCAAACUUCAUUCCAGGCAGGGAACAUAAACGUUGUCACAAGAUGCCCCGCCAGCGCAGCAGUUGCUUUUGUUAAGCAUGGUAGUUCACUACAGGUGCAGCUAGCUCCGUUUGAGACGCCUUCUAAUAUAUAACCAGCUGCUACUGGUCCUUGAAAGCAAUCAAAUAGUGUUCUAAAUGAUAGCACUUACCUCUUUAGGUAGCUCUCUAAUCACAGCGCAUCGACGCCGCGUUUGGCUGAGAAAUAUUUUACCACCAACCGGAUGUAUUGCAAAAGCAUGUGGAGCAUGAUAGACGGGUCGUGCGAGGGGCGACAAGACUUUCCUCCAGGUUGCGGAAUGAGUGUCCGCGACGAACUGGAGCGAAUUAUCGACAAACAGACUCCGAUCAUUAACAUUCGGGAGGACAAGAAGAAGGGAUUAUUUUCUAUUCCGUCUUGGGAGUGGAAUGACAAGGAAAAUAGAAAAGUAUUCGAGCUACCGAUUACAGAGAAAGAGCUAUCUAAAAUUAGAAGCAAAUAUGACCCAGAGGCGUUUCUCUUUCCUCUCAGAGAGUCUAAUAUGAUUGUACAAUCAGAACAACCGGAAGCCCUCGUUGGUCAGGAGCAGUCUUCUAGCACACUUGAGUUGCAGAACAAUGCAAAUCUCCAAUCACAGAACAAAGAUGGUAUGAUUGAACCGACGGAAGAAGUGAAUAAAGGCGCAGCCGCCGACCUCCCCGUGUAAGAUGCUAAAGAACAUCGUG